AUGUCCGUGAUGGCGUGGUCCCUGACCAACGAGGAGAGGUCCAAGGUGCGCGACGCCUUCCUCAGGAUAGACGCGAAUAACCAAGGCACGAUCACGUUGCUGGAGCUGAAGGGCGUGCUGACGACGGAGUUCCACCUGGAGGACGAGCGGGCGGCGGAGAUCUUCAAGGCAUUGGACACGGCGAAGAACGACGAGAUCCAUUACUCGGAGUUCCUCGCGGCGAUGGUUUCCACACGCAUCCACAUGCACGACCACCUCCUGGCGUCCACUUUCAAGAAGUUCGACGCCGACAACUCUGGGUAUAUCUCGCUGGACCGAGAACCUCAAGUACGUCCUCGGCGAUUCUUUCGACGGCGCGGAGGUCGACAGGCUGGUGCAAGAGGCGGACAAGAACAACGACGGCCAGAUAUCUUACGAAGAGUUCAUCAGUUUUUUGAAGGACAGACGGCGACGCGAGCGCGGAGCACACAGAGGCCGCGGGCAAGAUCAUCGACAGGGCCCAGAUGGAGCCGGGUGCGCCCGCCGCAGGCCAGCCUGGCCUCAAGGCGAAGACAGGAAACGGCGACACUGGCGAUGCCUCGAAGGUCGCGCCGGCGCUGGCGCCCGCCGCCGGCGACAAGAAGCCGGCCAAGAGCCGGGGCUGCGUUUUGA